CACCCUCCCCUUACGCCUCAUGCAGCAGGGUGCACCCAUCAAUGGCGGGUUAAAGACAGAGGGAACGGGAACUAGAGAGGACACCUGCACUAACAUCUGUUCUCAGGAUACACUGCCCUCCACCCCAACAUCCAACGGCCAACAGUCAACAGUCAACUGCCAACAGCCAACAGCUGACCUGCAGCAUGUUGAUCACAUUCACAUUGCUGGUAAAUGCAUUUUUCCAGACUGUCUAUGGCGUCAUCUUCGGCUUCCCCGACUCGGAAGAAUGCAAUCAGCCUGCCCAAUCCUAGGCACAUGACCUAGCUGCUCCAAACUGGUAAACAUUGACUCCUAACGCCCUUCGUGUACAACAACACGUCUGACGUACGCAACUACCUCUACUCAUGAGUGAAGCAACUCCCACGUGUCCCACUGGACUGCUCAUCCGUACUUUUCCUUCACACCAUCCUCUGGACCUGCCACAGUUGACCCCUUGACCAGCCAGGCACCACCCCCAUCCCUCCAACUGUUUUCUCACAAUCAACUCCGCCCAUCGCAAUGCUCAUCACAGCCACCAUCGCGGUGGUCCUUCUGAUGAGUGGAGCGAAGUACCUGCUCUUCGGCCCUGACGAGUUCCUGGAGGAGCCACCACAGCCCACCCAACAGCCCACCCAACAGCCACCGGUUGUUCAGCCAAAGGAGCCGGCUGCACUAAAAGACCCCUGCUUCGAGAUUGAAUUGGACGAUGACUAGUGCUUGUCAGUUCAAAGUCGUUGCCCGCUGAAGACUCUUCGCCCAAGUUGUACUCACAACAUGCUAACCAUCUCCAUCAUACUCAACGACAGCCAGCUGUACGAUGCUGCCCCCCACCCCCACCCCAACCUCCCGGCUUGGAUGAUCUAGGGAUACGGCACUCUUUCAGGUGAACAUUACUAAGGUGAACGUUCUAAGGGGUGAACUUUCCUAGAGUGAAUAUUCCCUGAUGUGACCAUUCCUGGGGUGAACUUUUCCGAGGCGAAUUCCUGAAAGCAAAAAUAUUCCUGGGGGCUGAAGAUUUCCGUCAGUGAACCUAACCAUUCUUCUUCUGCGCCAUGUCCCAGAGCACGUGCCCAGACAGGUCACCGGAUCUGGCCGCCGAGUCACGUGACUGGCAGGCCUGGCAGGCGGGUCAUGUGGCGCAGGAGCAGCAGUGUUGUCGUCAGAUACUCAACCAGCACUACAACACCGAUUACUUUACCCACGUUAAAGUUGAGGGUUCGAACUAUGGUGCAUCACAAGAAGAACAAAGCAGCCACCAGCCGCCACCCUUCCUUGCCCCGCAGUGUGUCACGCACGUACAACAUCAGCGGCCCUUAUCGAACAGCCCUAUGGCCUCGACCCCAGCAGACCCCGCCCACCCCUGUCCGUCACAGAGAUACGGUGAGGUUCCGAAUCCCCGCCCCUGGGAGGCUCCACCUCCGCGACGCCGGAAAGGCGUGUAUGUAGGUCGCCAGCCAGACCUGUGUCCACUCAAGCUGGUCCAUCACCCAGUACCCUGGAACCGGGAGACACGGAACAUACAGCGGCUCUGUCCGUUGUGGCAUUGUCGUCUGCCACACAUGAGAAGUAACCUGGACCGCCCAUGGUGACGGGUGUCACGAUAUGAACGUAUAAUUUCGGGCCACCUAUAUUAGGUGUGUGUGAAGGAAUAAAACAGCAGGGAUACCCCCUCGCCGCUCCAGUCA